AUGGCUGCGGAUCGUCUUACCUCUCUGCUGGGCCAUUUCAAACCCUCUACCAGCGGCCUCGCCGCAAUCACCCAGAAGAACCCCGAUGAUGUGGUCAUUACUGCUUCUCUCCGCACCCCGUUGACCAAGGCGCGUAAGGGCGGCUUCAAAGAUACCGAGCUGGACUUUAUUGUCUACGCGCUGCUGAAGGAAACACUGGCCAAGUCUAAGAUCGAUCCCGCACUAGUUGAGGAUGUGUGCCUUGGUAAUGUUAGCGAGGCCAAGGCCGCUUACAUGGUCCGCGCGGCCUCCCUGGCAGCCGGAAUCCCCCACACAUCUGGCGCCUCCAGCGCAAACCGCUUCUGCGCCUCGGGCUUGAAGGCCGUGCAAGAUAUUGCCAACCAGAUUCAACUUGGCGCUAUCGAUGUCGGUAUUGCGAUGGGCGCAGAGCUGAUGUCUGUUGGCGGCGACCGUCUCGAACGUCCCUUCAACACCGAGGUGCUGCUCAACCAGGAGGCUCAAGACUGCAUGCAGCCCAUGGGCCAGACAUCCGAGAAUGUCGGAAAUGACUUUGGCAUUUCCCGCGAACAGCAGGAUCGCUAUGCGGCGGAGUCCUUCCGACGUGCGGAAGCGGCCCAGAACGCUGGCUGGUUCGAUGAUGAGAUUACUCCCAUCACCGUUAAGGUCAAGGACCCUAAGACUGGUGAGGUUAAGGAGGUUACCUUGACUAAGGAUGAGGGAAUCCGACCUGGAACUACUUUCGAGUCCUUGUCCAAGAUCCGGCCUGCAUUCCCGCAGUUUGGUGAUAAGUCGACUGGUGGAAACUCUAGUCAAGUUACUGAUGGUGCUGCUGCUGUUCUUCUGAUGCGCCGCUCCAAGGCUAUCGAGCUCAACCAGCCUAUCCUGGCUAAGUUCUGUGGCGCCACUGUUGCUGGUGUGCCCCCACGCGUGAUGGGUAUCGGCCCUACUGCUGCUAUCCCCAAACUUCUUAGCAAGUUCAAUCUGGACAAGAACGACAUCGAUAUCUAUGAGAUCAACGAGGCGUUCGCCUCGAUGGCUGUCUACUGUAUCCAGAACCUUGGCCUCGACCAUGCCAAGGUGAAUCCCCGUGGUGGUGCCAUUGCUCUUGGUCACCCAUUGGGUGCUACUGGUGCGCGACAGGUCUCUACUAUCUUGAGCGAGGCACGCCGAACCAAGAAGAAGGUCUUGGUUACUAGUAUGUGUAUCGGUACUGGCCAGGGUAUGGCUGGUCUUUUCGUCAACGAGCAGCUGUAA